AUGUCGGGAAAGGAGCGGAGCGAGCCGCAAUGGGUGACCCCGUCGUCGAAUCAGGAUGUUCCGCCCGAUUACGAGACGAUCGGGACGAUCUUCGGCUAUGCCCUGGUCGUGCUCUCCUGGAUUCUAAUCAUCAUCACAUUCCCCUUCUCGAUGUGUGUCUGCUUGAAGGUCAUCAAAGAAUACGAGCGAGUCGUCAUCUUCCGGAUUGGUCGUCUCGUGUUCGGUGGGGCCCGUGGCCCUGGAAUGAUUUUCAUCAUCCCCUGCAUUGAUACCUAUCGCAAAAUUGAUCUUCGUGUCGUCUCCUAUGCCGUGCCCCCUCAGGAAAUCCUAUCAAAGGAUUCGGUGACAGUGUCCGUGGACGCUGUCGUGUAUUUCCGUACCUCUGACCCGAUCGCCUCGGUCAACAAUGUUGAUGAUGCCAUUUAUUCGACCAAGCUCCUCGCCCAAACUACCCUCAGGAAUGCGCUGGGUAUGAAAACCCUCACUGAAAUGCUCACGGAGCGUGAAGCUAUCGCUCAACUUUGCGAGACGAUCCUCGACGAGGGUACUGAACAUUGGGGUGUAAAGGUAGAGCGAGUGGAAGUGAAAGACAUCCGUCUGCCCCAACAGCUCACCAGGGCCAUGGCCGCCGAAGCGGAGGCGGCUCGUGAAGCUCGUGCUAAGGUCGUCGCGGCUGAGGGAGAGCAGAAGGCCUCCCGGGCGCUCAAAGAAGCCGCCGAUGUGAUCCAGGCCAAUCCAGUGGCCCUACAACUUCGUCAUCUCCAGGCUCUUUCAUCUAUUGCCGCUGAACACAACUCAACAAUCGUCUUCCCGGUCCCUGUCGAAAUGUUUGGAGCAUUUAUGAAAAAGGAAAAC